CAAGCCUGGCAAAUGCUGCUUUGUUAUGGGCAACUGCUUGGUUAUUUGUGCCUCUUCUAUUCCUAGAUAUACGUGAAAAUGUCUCCGGCGGGGAAAGGGUGGCGAGUGGAGAAAGUGGAAGCAGCCCUGAUCUAGGUCCCCACCCGAGGCUCUUUGGUGGCCUGGCCCCGCAGCAGCGCCUCCUCCGCCACCCAGUCUCCUCCUCCUCCUCCUCCUCCUCCGUGGAAACAAGACACGCUGGACGAGGGGAAACUUGGACGGGUCCCUCUAGGUCGGAAGAGGCUGGGAGAGCCCGAAGGAAGCUGCCACGGAGGAAGGAGAGGGGCAGAGAAAGCAAGCAAGCAAGCAAGCAAAGAAGGAAGCAGCCCCUCUUCCCUUCCCCUCCUUCCACGAGUGUGAACAGAGGUGUGUCUAACAUUCAGACCAGUGACAUUUAUAAUUGUGUCAAAUAAAAGGAGAAGACACAGCAUUGCAGCAAGCACAAGCAGGUUGGUGACUCCCAGAGCCGGUGAAGCCGAUGGCCACGCUGUUGAAACGAAGAACAGAAAAUUCUGCUUCCAACAUGGAUUGUUUUUCAGCAGUUUGCCUUCUAUCAUCUUGGCACUGAAGAAGCAUCAGACUCUUUGUUUCCUUUCCUCUAACUGGAAGUGCUGAGAAAAAACUUCAAGUGAAAAUGCCUAACGAAAGAAGGACAACCCUUUCUGCCUCCAAAGUUCAGGACCGAGGUUGGGCAUGGGUGGUCUUGGCGGCCACAGUACUGGUUCAAGCCUUGACUUUGGGCUUCCCCUCCUGCGUUGGAGUCUUCUUCAAGGACUUGCAGGAUGACUUCCAAGCCAGCAACAGUGAAACAUCAUGGUUCCCCUCCAUCAUGACAGCAGUGUUACAUGCGGGUGGCCCCCUUUGCAGUAUUUUGGUGGAACGAUUUGGCUGCAGGGUCACUGUCAUGCUGGGAGGCCUUCUCAGUGGCGUGGGCAUGGUUGCCAGUGCUUUCUCCAGGUCUAUUAGUCAGCUGUACAUAACAGCUGGAUUCAUCACCGGCUUGGGAUCAUGUUUCAGCUUCCAGGCAGGGAUCACUGUGCUUGGUUACUACUUCGUACGCCGGCAAGCCCUUGCCAAUGCGCUGGCCUCCACGGGUGUCUCCAUUGGCUUGACGCUGUGGCCGCUGAUCUCCCAGUACCUGCUUGAUGAGAUGGGCUGGAGAAACACUUUCCUCAUCUUCGGGGGAGUGCUGUUGAACUGCUGUGUGUGUGGAGCUGUGAUGAGGCCAGUCCCAGUGAAGGCCCCAGAACCAACACCAAAGCCCUGCCCUGGACAGUUGCUAGAAGAGACACACUUGUCCAAUGGCAAUACCUCAUGUCAUGAGGAGCCACUGCGUCCAUCCAGAUGCGCUCCUUGCCUUCAGACCCUACAGAAGUACCUGGCUUUUGACAUCUUCUUCAAGAACAAAGGCUACCAGAUCUACACCAUUGGUGUGUCCUGGAUGGUGAUGGGAUUUGUGCUGCCCCUCAUCUACCUGGUGCCCUAUGCCAUCCUGAAUGGAGUGGAGGAGCGCAAGGCAGCACUGCUUGUCUCCAUCAUUGGCUUCAUCAACAUCUUCAUGCGGCCCAUGGCCGGCCUGCUCUCAGGCCUCAGUGUCUUCAAUGGCCGGCGGAUCUACCUCUUUAGCAUGGCUGUCAUGUUCAAUGGUUUGAGCAACCUUAUUUGUGCCAUCUCAGCUGAGUACAAUGUUCUCGUUUUCUACUGCUUGGUCUAUAGUGUGUCCAUGAGUAUCAUAGGCGCACUAAUUUUCCAGGUAUUAAUGGAUGUGGUGGAAAUGGACCGGUUCUCCAGUGCCUUGGGGCUCUUCACCAUCUUGGAGAGUAUCACCAUUCUCAUUGGACCCCCUCUUGCAGGUCUUCUAGUGGAUCUAUUGGGUCACUAUAGCUAUGUCUUUUAUGCUUCCUGCUUCUUUAUGGUCACAGCAGCUCUCUUCAUGGGUAUUAGCUUCUGCACCAUGGAAGCAAAAGCCAAAUUGAAAGAAACUAAUAAGCCACCACUUGAGAACCCACCCAGGGGCAAGUACACAGAGGUGCCAGCUGAACUGGAGCCCGAGAAAAAUGGCCCUCCAGACGUCACCUAUGUCACAAGCAUCUGAAUCCAGAGGAGCUGGAGAAGCAUUUCAUUCCUCACAAAUGCAAGAGAUCUGGAGGCAGAAGGGAAAAAGAAGUGCCUCAUCCUUUCCUACUCCCUCUGGUACUCACAUGUUUCCUGCUGUAACCUUCUCCUCAACCAUGUUGGGCUCAGGUUUCUAAAUGAGGCAUCUAGAUUGGACAAUUGGAGUUCAAAGCCCUCCAGAAAUCCAAAGAGCACUUUAAACAAAAUAUUCAGGAUGCACGGGGUCAAACAAAGACAUUGGCUGGUAAUGAGGUAAUAUCAAUUUUACUUGAAGCACAGCCAUUUUUAUUAUGAUCGUGAGGUUUCCAUUUCAUAUUCCAGUACAUAUAAAUGAAAAGACUUAUUCACUCUUCAAGUUAUGAAUUACAAUCAUUUCUUAAUAAAAAGGCCAAUCCAGCAAGGGACUUCCAACAUGUUUCUGGACAGGCCCAUCUGCCAGAGCUGAACUCAAGGAGAAGCCCACCGGAUGACCCUCUUCAAGCACAAAAGACGAGCUCUUCCUUACGGGGCCUUACUGCUAGGCUCCUUGAAUGUUACACAGAAUUUUUCAUUCCUGCUGUAUGAUCUGGGACCAGUUGCUAUAUAAAUAAACUUCUCCUGCUCAUAGUAGCCACAUCAGGGGUAAGUGGGGUAGUAAAUGCUAUUAAAUGAAGUAAUAUCUGCAUUUCAAGGGUAUUUUGAGCAGCAACAAAAUGAAAAGUUACCUGCACUUUACCGUAAAACUGCUUAGCUCCAAAGUGCCAGUAAUUCUAGCCAGUAGUGUCUUAAAUCCUUUGUUCCUAUUUGAUUUAUAGUGAAGAAAGGGUCACUGCCAAUUUAAAAAGGCAGCCAUAGUGUUUUGCCAGCAUUAGAUCAUAACAGUCAUACAAAUGCCCACUCAGGGACAUAAUCUUAUUCUCCUUCAAACAUCACUCUUGUAGAUACGUGUAAUCGCUGUAAAGCUAAUUAGAAGAAAUCUAUAAACUAAAAGUAAUAUGUUACAUGUGGGUAAACCGACACCUCUAUACACAUACAUUAGUGUAAAGAAACAUUAAAUAUGACCAGUGCCAUCCUUAUUGGCAUAUCUAAAUCAAAAGGCCAGGAUCAGAAGUGUUUCUGUUCUGGCGUGAUGUUCCUUUCUUAGAUCACAUGCAAAAAAUUGUUGUUAGGGAGCUGGUGCUUUCUUUGCAAUUGUUUUCCUAAAAUGAUUGCUUCAUGGUAAAAUUAGCUCUGGAAAUGACCCAGGAAGCUGAGUUGCCUAGGAAAAUUUGCAGUUAGUUUUGCCAGAUCCUCUAAAUUUGAUCCUCUGGCCUUGGCCUUGUAAAAGCAGUCAUGUUUGAACUGGAAUACAUCUGUGCUUCAAUUCAGAUUUUGCUUGCUUUUUCUUCACAGUUCCAGGCCCACAUCUCACAUCCUGUUCUUCCUGUUCUGAUAUCUCACUAAACAUGACUUUCAAUAUUUCAAACAGGUCUGAAACAGUUUUAAGUGGUGGGAAAGAAACAUUGUCUAUGAACAAUAACAUAUUCAGAAAGGGAAUGUUUUGAAAGGUCAUUGGAUAUAGAAACAGAUAAGAAGGUCAUUGCAAUCCUGCUGUUGCAUUUGAACUGAAGGAAUUUUCUUGGAUGCCUGGUCCAAAAUCUCUUUUGAGGCAGCGGAACCAAGUGGUGCUCCCUCCUUAGCUCAACUAACAUGGGCCACAAUCCUUUGCACAAACUUUUUCAGAGCUGAACAGCAGUUGGAUACAAACACAACAACCCUGCUUUGUGGCUUUGAUAGAAGGUAUCCAGUUAACUAUGGUCAUAUAUGAGGUAUGCCUGCCAUUCUACCACAUGUAAAACAGUGCACAGAAUAUCGUCUCCUGAGGGAGCCACUUUACCUUACACAUGUGAAUAGAUAUUCCAUGUUUAAAGAAUGAAUGUCUAACAUAUCUCUUCAACAUAUACGUUCAUGCACACAUGCACAGUCUGGAAAAGCUGUGUUUCGGAAAGCCAGAUCUUCCAGCUUUACAAGGCUCUUGAAUGUUUUUACACUACAAAGACAUGUUUGGAUCACAUUCAUAUUAUUUGUGUGCCUGUUUUUAUGAGUGUUGUCAAUAGAGGAACAAAACAGAGGUAGAGACAGAUUCAGAACUGAAAUGGGACUUGCUGUAUUCAAGACUGAAAUGGGAUUUCAGGAAACUGACCUACAGCCCACUUGUGUUUCAGCUCCUAAUAAAGGUGAAAACUGUUAGUGUCUGAUCAUCAACUAAUUAUCACUGCUCUGGUGUUUAUGUAACACACGUUGAAUGGGGGUGGGCUUCUCUUUACUCAGAAUUUUAACAGUAGACCAAAGAAAAUGGGCAUUGAUGCAGGGUAUUUUACCCCCAAACACUUUGCAAUGGUUUAGCUUCAGGACUGUUGCCUGUUUGUUUAAAAAUGCUGCAUUAUUAGUUGGAUUUUUUUUCAUGUAAUCUUUUUUUAAUGUAUGUAAUAUAUUAAGACAAAUGCUUUUAGUAACUUUUAUAAUAUUGAGAGCAUUAAAGAAAAUUGGUAGAUUCUUGAAUUGUAUCACGCACAGAGGCUUUGUGUUUGUUCCAGGCUUAAGGAAUGUAUGGUGCAUUUUCCUCUGUGAGAAUAUAUCAGUUGAUAAAGGACCAAAUUUCCUCCACCACCCAAAACCCUUUUCUGAAUAAAGAAGCCAAAUAGUACACUGA